ACCAUGACAAUGAUGCCAUCGCGCCGGGAAGGUAGAUUGGCAUUUUCACGCCUCCGCCGGAGACCGUUUUUUCGUCUGAAUUCGCAGCCCACAACCAGAUAACCCUUAAACAGGUUACAAUGUCACAUCCACCGAAUAUGAAUUCGUAUCUGCUAUGAGAUCUGUUAAUGAUCAAUAGGAUCUCUGCAAAAGCCACUGUUGCAAAACUGAAGCUGAAACCAUUUGUUCCAGCUACUGGUAUUCAUUGUUCUAUCGUGAAAUUCAUCGAAUUGUAUUUAUUUUCAUUUGAUUUGGAAGGUUGAUGGAGCUAGCGAUGUGAUUAGAGUGUUUGAUCGACUGUAAUUUAUCUGGAAGAUGGCUUGGUUCGGUAGCGGUAUCUCUCUUGGGAACUUGGAUCUUGCCGGCGCAGUGAACAAACUCAGUGAGAGCGUUAAGAACAUUGAGAAAAACUUCGAUAGCGCUCUAGGCCUUGAGGAUAAAGCCGAUGCCAGUAAUAGCGAAGCAACGGAUCGGAACACACUGUUUAACCCUGUUAUGGCCUUUAUGGGACAUAAAGGUGGGGAGGAUACGGAGUCUAUAGAAGACACUGACGCCUCGACGCCCAUCCCUGCUACGGUGGAGAAUGCCAUUGAAGAUUCAGCCGAUUCAGAAAUUGAGAAACCUGCUGCCCCUAUAGAAAGCUAUGAAGCAGAAAUAAGAACUGAUGAAAUAAUUACCUCUGGCAAAGAAGAUAAUGACCUGUCAAGAAAUUCUAAUGUGAAGCUAGAGUAUUCUUCUAAAGAAGCAAGAGACGCUUAUCUGAAACCAGAGCCAGUUAUGUCCACUGAAGACGUGAACAAUGAAAAUGCAGAACUGGACCCAACUGUAUCUGCUGAAGAAGCUGAUACGAGCUUAGCAAAACAAGGUUCUGCUGAGGAAACAAAACCUGGGAGUGAAGAACAAAAUAUUGCUAGUGCUCUAGUUGAAAGACAAGAUGAACCUGAUUUACCAGCUGAAGUAUUUGAAAGCAAACCUGAGCAUGCCGAGGAAGGAGAGUCUUCUAAAUCACCAAAAAAGGAGGCUUCAAAUGCAGAAUAUAUUGGAAAUCUGGCAGAGUUAGAAUCAAUAUCGGCCACUAUUGCCUCUCAAGAUGAACUUCGCACUAUAACAUUUCAUCCAUCCAAUGAUGUUGUUAAUUCACAGGAGAACACAAAUGAGACUGAUGAACAGAAGGAAAAGAACAAAGAGGAAGUUUCUCCAGUUGACUUUCAGUAUGAAUCAACCAGACAUUUUGAAAGUGGAAGGCAUUCUGUUUCUGACUCUGCUGAGUCUAAUAAAACUGGACCUUCGGAGGAACAUUAUGAAACUAACUUUCCUGUUGUCCAACAUGAUGAAGAAGCUUCAGAGAUGGUUUCUGAUUCGAGUUCGCAUACAAAUAAUGUAAUUGCUCAAGCUGUUGAGGUCAACCAGAGAGCAAUCGAUAAUGUGGUAGGUCUUACAGAGCAGUUGAGUUCAGGGACCAACUUGACAGAUGCUUCCAAUAUGGUAGCUGAACUAGAAAAAGUGAAAAGAGAGAUGAAAAUGAUGGAAUCUGCACUGUUAGGUGCUGCUAGACAAGCACAGGCAAAAGCUGAUGAAAUUGCAAAACUGAUGAAUGAAAAUGAGCAUCUAAAGGCUGUUGUUGAGGAUCUGAGAGGAAAAGCCAGUGAGGUAGAUAUUGAAUCCCUGCGAGAAGAGUACCAUCAAAGGGUUGCAACUCUUGAAAGAAAGGUCUACUCUCUUACCAAAGAAAGGGAUACACUUCGUAGAGAGCACAAUAAGAAGAGUGAUGCGGCUGCUCUUCUGAAGGAGAAAGAUGAAAUCAUUACUCAAGUUAUGGCUGAAGGUGAACAGCUUUCAAAAAAGCAAGCUGCCCAGGAGGCUCAUAUUAGGAAAUUAAGGGCACAGAUUAGAGAGCUAGAAGAAGAGAAGAAAGGACUGCAGACCAAGCUAGAGGUAGAAGAAAAUAAAGUGGAGAGUAUAAGAAGGGAUAAGGCUGCAACUGAGAAGUUGCUUCAAGAAACAAUUGAGAAACACCAAUCAGAACUCACAAUUCAAAAAGAAUACUACACAAAUGCUUUGAAUGCAGCGAGGGAAGCUGAAUCAUUAGCUGAAGCACGGGCUAAUAAUGAAGCUAGAACCGAACUUGAGGGUCGUCUAAGAGAGGUCGAGGAGCGUGAAUCUAUGCUAGUUCAGGCACUUGAAGAAUUACGGCAAACACUGAGCAGAAAGGAGCAGCAGGAGACAAAUGCCAGAAAGGCUGAAGCUUGGGCUGCUGUUGAGAAAUCUUUAAGUUUAAGGCUUCAGGAGGCUGAGGCAAAAGCUGCAGGUGCAGAGGAGAAGGAGAGAUCCAUUAAUGAGCGACUAUCACAAACAUUAUCUCGGAUCAAUGUGCUCGAAGCUCAGAUAUCCUGUCUCAGAGCUGAGCAAACGCAAUUAACAAGAUCUCUAGAGAAGGAGAGACAGAGAGCAGCAGAACACCGGCAGGAAUAUCUUGCUUUGAAGGAGGAAGCUGAUACUAAUGAAGGUCGUGUAAAGCAGUUUGAAGACGAAAUCAGGGAACUCAGACGGAAACACAAGCAGGAACUGCAAGAUGCAUUGAUGCAACAGGAACUCCUGCAGCAGGAUUUAGAACGGGAGAAAGCAGCUCGUUUAGAUCAAGAGAGGGCAGCUCGUGCUCAACAAUCUGUUGUGCCAGAUCAAAGUCCAAUAGCUGGGCAAAAGUCUGGAUUUGAAAAUGGAAAUCUGGCACGUAAAAUUUCAAGUGCUAGCAGUUUGAGCAGUAUGGAGGAAAGCUAUUUUCUGCAGGCAUCUUUAGACUUUUCGGAGACCUCUUCUGAACGUAGAAAUGCUGGAGAGGUUACUAUGAGUCCAUACUAUGUGAAAAGCAUGACUCCAAAUGUUUAUGAAGCUUCACUUCGUCAGAAGGAAGGAGAGCUUGCAUCAUACAUGACAAGAUUAGCAUCUAUGGAAGCCAUUCGUGACUCUCUUGCAGAAGAGUUGGUGAAAAUGACAGCAGAGUGUGAGAAGCUUAGAGGAGAAGCUGCAAUGCUUCCUGGCAUACGGGCAGAGUUAGAAGCUCUAAGGCGGAGGCAUUCAGCAGCACUUGAGUUAAUGGGUGAGCGGGAUGAAGAAUUGGAAGAACUUCGUGCGGAUAUAGUAGACCUGAAAGAGAUGUACCGAGAACAAGUAAAUUUGCUAGUGAACAAGAUCCAGGUGCUAAGCUCGUCUUUGGGUUCAGCUUGAAGCAAUGGCUCCACAUCUGACCUCGUUUUGUCUGUUGUAUAUCGAUGGGAUUAAAUGACAACACUCGCUUUUCCUGAUUCUGUAUGAAUAUUUCAUGGAGUACGCGGAGUAAAUCCAUCUCUUCUGAAAUGCUUCUACUGUAAGAGUGUGUGAUAUGUUCCUUAUUGCAUUUGUAUAGAAUCUUUUCUAUUUGAACUUCUGUCUCUUAUCCCCUUUCCCCCUUUUCAGUGUGUUGUACUUUUUGGCAUUUGAUUAAUGAAUUUCUUGUAGCUGUUAAUAAUAGAAAUAAGGUCAAUUCAAACCAUGUUCUCUUCAUCUGAUCUCAUUGCAAUAAAUUCUGAUCUGGUCU